CGCUUACUUAUACGGCACUAAAAUCAGGAUCAAAGCAGUCAUUUGCAAAACUGAAAAGAUAAUAAUAAAGCAUAUUGCAGUGGAAAUUCCUUCACCGUGACAGCCUCAGCUGAUUCCAUCAAUGAAGAUAUUCAGGGCAUCAUUUUAGACACUAAAUUCAGCCGUUUGGUAUCUUUGGUAUCUUUGGAAACUUUUAGAUCUCCAGUCAAAUUAAAAAUAAAGUCUGUAAAGAUGGAGACACACUGGGGGGUCUGGCAGUGUUGUUGAGGACCCGAAAGAAACACAAAACUUCUGUUGUGUUGAUGCUGACAUGAAGGGGAGGUCCCUGCUCCUCCUCUUCCUCCUCCUCCUCUCCUCCUGCUGUGUUGGAGGCCGGAUGAGGGGAAACCUUAUUAACUUAGGAAGGAUCGUUACGUUAAUACCUGGCAAAUAAGUGGAUUAGCAGGGGGUCACUACGGAUUAGCCAUCGGUUUUUGUUCGUCUGACGUCCCCCCUCCUCCAAAACCCCGUAAUCUCGUCUAAAUCCUGCAAAGCAAGGCUCGGGGCCAAGUGGAGCCCAGACGUCGUCCCGCUGUCCACUUCCUGGAUGGAGUCGGGCGGGGUUGGUGGGGGGGAGAGGGGGGGGGGGGGGGUUGUUACUGAUCUUUAUUCUCCUCCGUUUACCUUCAUCGCUCCUCUUCACUUUGACCUCCCCCCCCCCCCCCCCCCGCCGCCGUCCCUCCGCUCUUUGUCUGCUCUCGCCUCCCUCCCUCGCCUCACAAUACAACAGCAGCAUCAAAGCCCUCCGUUGCCGUGACAACAGCUCUGACUGAACCCCAUCCAGACCUCCUUCUAUUGAGACCGGCUUCCCUAAUUGGCUGGAUCGGCCGGCUGGACUCUGAGGACAAGGUGGACCCCCCCUCCGCCCCGCCACCCCCCUGCCGCCCCCCCCCGCCGGGCGCACAGAGAGGUUACCUGGCGGAUGAAUAUGGAUAAGGUGCUCGGUAUCUCUACACUUUCAUCGCCGCUCGGCUACGGGGUCGCGGGUCGAGCGAGGACGAUGCGAGGAUGGGUAAUUGGCAGGCUGGAGGUGGAAGGAUGUGCCACGGUUUCAUCCCCGGCGCAGGAAAUUGAUGGCGAACCCCAGCGAGAGGCGGGCGAGGAGGUUCAGGUCACAGCGUGGUGGUCAAACGCCGCCUCAGAGAGAUGAAGGCCGCUAUGACAUCACAGAGAGGACCGGAACAGAGAGAACCUGCAACAAAACCGAGCUCAUGGUUGUGGCUCCCAAGGCCCUGCUCCAGAAGGUUGGAGAUCUACACCUGGACGUUGACGGCUGUUCCUUCUCCCCAUCCUCGGAAGUCCGCAACCUGGGUGUCAUCCUGGACCCAACUCUCUCAUUCCAGUCUCACAUCAGGUUCAUCACCAAAUCCGCCUUCUUCCACCUAAAAAAACAUCUCUCUUCUCGGCAAUCACUCUCUGACUCUGUGGCAGAAACCCUCAUCCACGCUUUCGUCCCCUCCCGUUUGGACUACUGCAAUGGAGUUCUGUCCGGGGUUCCCAGCAAAGCCCUGGACAGGCUCCAGUAUGUGCAAAACUCAGCUGCCAGGGUUCUCACCCGCACCAAGCCCUGGCAGCACAUCACCCCCACCCUCAUCCACCUCCACAUCACCUACAAAAUCCUCCUCCUCACCUAUAAAUCCCUCAAUGCCCUGGCUCCUCAGUAUUUAUCUAACCUCCUCCACCCUUACACACAGCCUCGGAACCUGAGAUCCUCAGGCUCGGGUCAGCUCUCCAUCCCUCACACAAGACUGUGAACUUUACCAUAGAGCUCCGCAACGCACCAUCUCUGGACACCUUCAAAAGACUACUCAAGACCUACCUCUUCACCAAGGCCUAUGGCCCCUAGCUACUGCUAUGUUCCAUUGUUGUGUUUAUUUACGUCUUUGUUAAGCGUCCUUGGGUUUCUUGAAAGGCGCUAUAUAAAUCCAAGUUAUUAUUAUUAUUAGUACCUGCAGGAAUCCAGAGCUUGACAAAGCUUGUAGUAAAAGGUCGAUAAAGUUGUAUGUUUUACUUUUAAAACGGCUGAUUUGGACGUCCAGAUUCUUGCAAACAUCAAACAGGAAAAAAUGAAAUUUGUUUCAAAGCGUCAGUGGCCAUGAAGCUCUUUAUACUCCUAACUAAUAAACGCUCCAUCUUCAACAUCA